CCAAAAACCUCCCUCAUGAAUCCUGUUGGAAUCUUCCACUUCCUGUUUGGCAGUCUGCCCUUCCUUGCACAUGGAGAUACCAAGAACUGGAGCACAUGGAACAAACAUUUGCGAGCCGGGAACACGUGCAGGCGGUUAGCGACACUCCGGCCGGGAAGCUAAACAUGUGUACAGGUUAUCCCACACCUGUCUACUCCCACGCCGGGAGAGGACACUUCCAGGAUGUUUACGAGCCUGCGGAGGACUCCUUCCUGUUGCUGGACGCUCUGGAGAAAGAUGCACAGAGGCUGCAGCUGAUGAGCCCGUGUGUGUGUUUGGAGGUUGGCAGCGGCUCUGGAGUGGUGUCUGCGUUUCUGGCGUCAAUAGUUGGACCCUCAGCUUUAUACAUUUGCACUGAUGUUAAUCCUGCAGCGGCACAGUGCACAGAGAAGACAGCCUCCUGUAACAAUGUUUCACUGCAGCCUGUCAUCACAGACCUGGUGACGUGUCUUCUGCCGCAGCUGAGUGGAAAAGUGGACGUCCUCGUAUUUAACCCUCCCUACGUGGUGACACCAUCAGAAGAGGUUGGCAGCAGAGGUAUAGAGGCUGCCUGGGCUGGUGGGAAGCGAGGACGAGAGGUGACGGACAGAUUUCUGCCAUCGGUAGCACAGUUGCUGUCCAGUAAAGGGUUGUUUUACCUCAUUGCCAUUGCUGAGAAUGAUCCAGAGGAGAUCAUCAGUUUACUGGGACAAUACGGCUUAAAGGGAGAGUCGUGUUUGUCCACAAGAGCUGGAAAUGAGAGACUGUCUGUCCUGCGCUUCCACAGGAGCCAAACGUGAACUGCCACCACUAAAUCCACUGAAAGGAUUACAAGAACUUUGAACUGACUGGACAUAUUGAGGAUAUUCAGUUCACCUAAUGCAACCCAGAGUCUUGGAUUCAACAUGGACAGAUGUUUACAGUAGAGGAAAACUGCAAGUAAAGAGAAUUUAGAAUUCCCUGACAUCUAUAUGCAAUAUUGAAGCAGAAAUGCCAGACAUUUUUAAUAGUGAAAUGACAGUUUCAGCUAUUACAGACAUUCAAAAAUUACAUGUUGGACCACCAUGCCUUUUUUCCCCCAGUUUAGAAGUUAAUUCCAGUACAGACAAAAUUAUAACAUUUCCCAAAAAGUACAAUUGGAAUGUCAUUUUUGUUUCAAGUAUGAUGCUUCUUUACAAGAGAAGUUGAGAUGCUACUGUUUCAUCUAUGUAUGUUUGUAAGCUUUCAGCAUCCCAUGAAGAAAUCAACUCAACUGGACCUAAAAAGUUAU